CGGCAGGAGGUGCAAAUGAGAGUUGCUAAAUCAAACUCCAUUCUUCACCAAGUGCCACAUAUUGUAAGAGGCUCCCUGUAAUAACAGUGUAGCAACACGGUGGUGCAUCAGCAUGGCCGCAGCUCUGAGCUGAAACUUUGAAAUGAAAUGAAAUGAAAUGAAAUGCAUAUAUACGACGGGCUUCUUUCAGUUUCCGUCUACCAAAUUCACUCACAAGGCUUUGGUCGGCCCGAGGCUAUAGUAGAAGAUACUUGCCCAAGGUGCCACGCAGUGGGAAUGAACCCGGAACCAUGUGGUUGGUAAGCAAGCUAUUUACCACACAGCCACUACAGCGCUUUAUCUUAAUUUUUUUUUUUCUUAUCUUUAUUGUUUGCUUCAUAGAAUAGGAAUUCCAAUUCUGAUUUUUUUUUUUCAAACGUUAUUCGUUUUUGACCUUCACUUCCGUGUGUGUGUUUUUUUCUUUCUUUCUAUUAUCUCUAUAUGGUAAUAAUAGCAACUCCAAAAUUCCGUCUUAAACUUUACUUAUAUUACAUAUUAUACAUUUUACUAUCGUUCGUGUAGCUUGAAAGUUUGGGAACUAUUUUCUUAUAGGUUGAGCGACCAUGCCUAAUGUAUUGUAUAUGCUUCCACGUUAGCUCUAAUGCUAGUUGUAUUUUCAUAUAUUCUUUAAUUCUAUUUCAUAACACAAAAUUUCAUCAAAUGAUAUAACCGGUAAUGUUUGCAUAUGGGGAUGUUUUUUGCUGAAUCACCGUUUCCGUGUAAAUCUAUUUCUUGAGUUGGUGUUUAUAAUCUGUUCAUCGAUGAAAAUAAAACCAAUCACAUGAGAAAUGAGUCUACCAUUGUUGACAAUACGGAUUCGAACUGAGACGGAGCAAGACAUGGAUUGGAUGGUUCGACCUGAUCUGAUGACGUUUAGACAAUCUUUGGAAGUGAUCGGUAACGUGUUACAGAAUAAAUCACUGACAGCAUUUGAUUUGACUUCAAGGGGAGAUACUCUCAGCAUAUGCACUCCUUCAGAUGUCAGAACAGGAAAAAUUCCAGCUCUUUUGUCCCACCUGCAAUAUCUUAUAAAUCUUAUUGUUUCUUUACAGUAUUUCAACAGCCUUAAAGAAGAAGAUUUGGUCCGUGGCCUUCUACCUCCUCUUAUUGUUUAUCCAAAAGUUUGCAAGUCUCCACAGCACCGGAAUAUUCAUGGUUUAACAAUAAACACGCGUCAGCUCCCUGUAUCUUUUAUCCGACUUAUGAAUGUACCAAAAAAGAAACGCUCUGCCCAAAAUAUCAAAGACAUUUUAGCAUGUGGAAACAUUGCAGAAGACGACCUGAAGGUGAUAGAGGUUAUUGGUCUUGGAAGCAGUGGGAAGGUUAACAGAGCCCUGCAUAUACCAACUCAGAAAAUAAUGGCUGUGAAAGUCAUUCAACUAGAUGUCACUCAGGAAACUCAGUCUGAAAUUAUUUCGGAGUUGGAAAUACUCUGUCAGUGCCAUUCACCUGCUAUUAUAGGAUUUUAUGGAGCAUUUUUUGUUGAGAACCGCAUCUCAAUUUGUACAGAAUUCAUGGAUGGUGGUUCCUUAGACAAAUAUGGAAAAGUGCCACAGUCAGUCCUCGGUAAAAUCACCUGUUUGGUCGUGCAAGGGUUGCAAUACCUGUGGAGUCUGAAAAUCUUACACAGAGACGUGAAACCGUCUAAUAUCCUCGUCAAUUCCAAAGGAGAAGUGAAGCUAUGUGAUUUUGGUGUAAGCACCCAGCUGGUGGAGUCAAUCGCCACAACCUAUGUGGGAACCAAUGCCUACAUGGCACCUGAACGUCUUCAGGCCAAGGAAUAUGGGAUGCCAGCAGAUGUUUGGAGUUUGGGGGUUACUUUAUUCGUGUUUGCCUCUGGAGAGUUUCCAUUUUCAUUGACACAUAGUCAUGUGGGUGAGGUGUUGAAAACAAUUGUGGAAAAACCUCCACCCAGAUUAUCUGAAGAACACUUCUCAGCAGAAUUAGUUCAUUACGUCACAAAAUGUAUGCAGACCCUGCCCCAGGACAGGUUACCAGCUGCAGACUUGUUGGUUCAUGCCUACACUCAAAAGCAUUGCAUGGACAGUUCCGACAUCAUAGCCAACUGGGUCCAGCAACAACAACGAUGAAUUGAAGAACUGUUGAACCAAAGAACCAAUUUGCUGAAGAACAACAAAUGAAUUAUUAAUGUUCUGCCUGUCCAGUGCAUUUCAUAAGUUUGCCCUAAACGUCCAUGUUUGUUGUCAAGCUUUUAGCUAGCCCUCGUUUCAUACGUUCUGAAUAAUAUAAACCUUUCCUUUCAUAAGUCAGUAGCAGCUAUUACAAUAUCCAGUGUGCAGCAAACUAAAUGUUAUCAACUGUAAUGGAUUAACCCAUUCAUUGCUGUAUUUAUUUUGAGAUGUUCUGUGUUUCUUUCAAUUAACUUUAAACAUAACAAAGAAUUUAGUAAAAUAACUUGGUUAUCAUUAAGCUAGUGUUAGAAGCAUUAAUUGUGACUAAGGUUUGGUGGAAGAUUUUAAUUCAAAUCUUAUGAAAACACAACAUUUGUACUCAGAGCCGGUUUCAGCCAGGUUGGUAACAAAAGGGUUAAUAUAUUGGCAGUGAGCAAGGGGACAAGUUGGCAGAAUUGUUAACAUGCUAGACAAAAUGCUUAACUCCAUUUCAUCCAUCCUUACCAAGGUCCACUUUGCCUUUCAGGUUUCAUAAAAUAAAUACCAGUUGCACACUGGAGACAGUGUUAUCUACUUAACACCACUCCCCCUGAUAUCGCUGGCUUUGUAUGUGAGUUUUUAUAUCUGAUGAAGCAGGGUUCAAACUAGUCACUCACUCAGCCAAAACCAGGUAAUAAAAAGGUGUCACACAUGACUGCUUUUCAGUUGUUUAUAAAGGUAUCUGCUUUGUUGUUAUUUGAUUAAAGCUAGCUUUUUUUCUUGUAACAUAGUGUAUAUAGAGUUACAGGAUCCAAUGCAUCCUUCUUUUUCUAAGGCACUAAAGUAUGAUUUAACUGCUCUUUCUAGCAGAUCAAGGGAACACAGAAGGGGUGGGGUGAAACUGAGUGUAUAUUUGAUUUUAAAGCACUCCGUUGGUACUUUAUUUUAUUGACCCCGAAAGGAUGAAAGGCUAAUUUUGAUCUUAGCAAGAUUUGAACUCAGAGCAUAAAAAGCAAUUUAAUGUGACACUUUGCUAAUUCUCUCAAACCACCAACAUUAUUAAGGGUUUCUGAUAUGGGCACAGCACCGCAAAUUCGAGGAGAGAGGGGCCACACUGAUUCUUGAUACUUGAACAAGAAGUAUCUAAAGUUAAUUUUUCAUCAACAAAAAGGUCAGAAGUUCUUUCCUUUCACCAUUGUGGCCGAGAUCGACUUUACCUUUUGUCUUUUUAGGGUUGAUGAAAUAAGUACCAGCGGAGUACUGAGGUCAAUGUUAUUUACUAUCCCACCUCCCUUAAAUUUCAGGCCUUAUGCCUAUAAUAAAAAGGAUUAUUAUAAGCAUGGUACAUUGGCAGAAUCAUUAGAGCAUCAGGCAAAACGUUUUGCAGUAUUUUUUCCA